CUCAGACGCCCACCCGCCCCCGUGGGACGGGAGGGCCAUCCCUCCCGCCGAGGUUUCGGAGGGCCCGGAGGGGUGGCUGCCCUCGCGCUCGCGUGCCCACGCGUGCACGCGCACUCGCACGCGCACUCUUCCCGCGCGUGCACACGCCCGCCCCCCGCCCGGCCGGCCGCAGGGUCCGCCCCCCCUCCGACUCCGAAGCACCCCGGGGGCGGGGGAGCUGCUCCCCUCCGCGCCCGCCCCCGCCGCCGCCGCAGCCCGGGGCUGGACGCCGAGGCAUGAAGAGGAGCCUCCCCGGCGGGGGGGCUGAGGCGGGCCCGGGCCCUGCGCGGCUGCGGACCGGCCGCCCCAUGCGGGCUCCGUCCUGCGCGGCCCCUCGUCGCCGCUGCCGCCCGCGCCGGGAUGGAGGCGCCCGGCUGCCUCCGGCGGCGCCUCCCCGUCCUGCUGCUGUGGGUUAAUGGUCUAGUGAUGCUUGGAUUCACAGGUGCACGUCAACAGACUAAUCUCUGCAAUGAAUCUCUCAUGUUAGAAAAGUUGCCUGCCUGUGGAAAAUCCUUUGAAGAGAUGAUGAAGAAAGUGGACUCUAAAAAAUGGUGCAACCUGACAGAAUUUAUCAUGUAUUAUGACAACUUUACCCAGUGCACAGAACGUGAAGCCAACGACGCAAGUUGCUUUUGGCCAAACCCCCUGGCAGAGGGCUUUAUCACUGGAAUUCAUAAACAAUUCUUUUCAAACUGUACUUCAGAAAAGGUUCACUGGGAAGAUCCACCAGAUGAAAUUCUCAUAACUCUGAUCUUGAUCCCAGUCAUGUUGACGUGUGCCAUGAUAACACUGGUAGUAUGGUGCAGCAAGAGAAGUGAUAUCCUGGUGUAAGUUGUUCCUCUGGGCUUUCUUUUCCUCUAUUUCCUUCUUCCAAAAACACUAAGAAAGGGGGACGAAGAGAGAAACUUGACACAAAGGUUUCAGAUCUGCCAAAACGGAACCUGUGAGAUACUGAGACAGAGGCAAUGCCUCUGUGAACAAAGAGCCGCCUGCUGCUGCUUCCAAAAGUCUUUGCUUCUGAGCUUGGCCAUCGGUGUUGCUGGUGCAAAGCUCUCUGCUUCCUUUUGGGCCUCAUUGUCAUGGAAUUCACAGGCAGCUCCCAGAAACAGGGGAGUCCCCAGGCAAAUGGACCCCUUAGCUGUAAAAGGGGUAAAGUUACUUUCCCGUUGGUAAAGCUGGUUGGUAAGCUGAGUUUUGCAAAGCUGUAUAUAAGUGUAUGUGCACGUGGUGUAACAUCGACUGCGGGGGAGAUGAUAUCUCUUGAGUUUUUGUGCAGGACGCUUGAGGCUUUCAUCUGUGAACCUUGUGAUUUGGAUAGAAGAUCACUGGCAAAGGAACUGAACGUGGACGUAACCAGGUGGCAGCUUUUCCCGGAAGCUAGUCAAGAACAUCGUUAUCAAGGAUUGGAAGUAUUGUUCUGGCAAAGGAACAAUUUAUGUGUCCAUUGAUUAUCCCCACAGGGAAAAUACCACACCACGUUAUAAAAUAGUUUAUAAAAUGCCUUUAAGCAUGGCUACUUGGAAUUGUAUGGCUUACAAACAAACUCUGGGAAGAUAUACAGGUCUUAUUUUACAGAGCUGGAAAAUGUGAGAUGACAUUGGUUGAUUAUAAGGAGUAAUGAAGAAAUUUUCAUAUGCUAGACUCUUUAUUUUUCCUUUUUUAUAGUUAUUAUUCUUGACGACUUGUGUUCACUGUAUACUUCCCACUCUUACUUCAAUUUGUGCAAGCGGUAUCCUACAAAUAAACAUAAAGGUAUCAUGUUGAUUGAGGUGCCUUUCAGAGUAUAAUUUUGUACAUAAACAGUUCUUGGUCCCAUGAAGAGUGUGGGAACUAAAGCGUGAACAUCAAAGCUUGGAACAGACAUAGGAGGAAAGACAAAAAAUUCUUCUCAGAAAUCUUAUUCUAUAAAGCUAUUCCUAUGUAACAAUUUAAAUAAAGUUCAUAUGCCCAAAAUAAAACAACUUGUAUGUUUGUGUUGUAAACCUUUCUUUUCUGCCAUUUCACAAAAUGCCUUUCAGUUGAACGUUCUUCUGUUUUGAGUGAGCAAUAUCCAUUACAAGUGACUCUUCAGUUUUCCAUACCUUAUGCACACAAAUAGAAUACAGGUUGAACGGCCAAGUAAUGGUGUUUCAUAUCUCUGCUAGUUAGAUUUUCUCCUUUAAGAUUCUGUCCCAGUGUUUGAGAUUUAAGUCUGUGUGUAUGAGAAGCAUUUCCAGGCUUGAAUUGAACCAGAAGUGUGCCCUUUGCUAGAAUUGUUUAUAUAUAGGUAGGUAACACCCAUACUGGUUUGGUUUAACGUCCUUUCACAAGAGUUGAAGGCACUGGCUUGUUUUUCGUUACCCUAAUAUUAGAAUGAUUCAUUUUCUAAGGUGUUUCCUGUGUAUUUUUCCAAAGAUAGUUUUUUGUUUUCUAGGUGCUAGCAGAAAAUUGCUCUUUGUAGAAGAGGAAUGACAUAUAUACUAAGGAUUUUGCUUUAGUUUUCUACUUAACUAUUAUUUUCUGCAUUAAAAUGUUUUGGUCCACCAAAACUAGUGGUGAAGUAAAAAAAGCCAAACCAAACCCAUUCAUUUGAUCCAAAGAUUGUUUGCCUAAGCAUUUUUUUGUGGCCCAAACCAAAAUAUUUUAUUUUCUGCAUGGAGUUUUAUUUUAAUCCUCAUUUUACUUUAAAUUUCAACAAGCUUCAAAGCAAGUUUCAAAACUUUAGCUUGGAAACCACAUAGCGAACAUUUUGACUUUUUCAAAACCAUAUUAAUUUCAAUCUAAUUGCUGUAUUUGGUGCGAAUUCUUGACCAGUUCUGGCUCAUUUGAAACUGCGUUCACCUGAUCAACAGGUCAUCUGAGAGAUGUCAGCCAGGCUAAUUCAUUAUAAAAUAGAUUGGCCUUGUGUACUAAGUGGAGAAGAAACUGUCAUCUUGAUGACAUCAUAUUAUUAAAUGUGUAUUGUGGUCUUUAAGAAAAUGCUGUGUU